ACAAUACAGAAUUUUAACAUUUAUUAUCAGUCGCAUUCGUAGGAUUAUUUUAUAUAAUAGCAAUUAGAAUGCAAUUAAGACUUCAAAUCACUUAAAUAUAUUCCAUAGAAUAAUGACGGCUAUUGGAAUUGAUCUUGGGACAACAUAUUCAUGUGUCGCUGUCCUCAGGAAUGGAAGAAUUGAAAUUGUUCCGAACGACGAAGGAGACAGAUUAACACCAUCUUGUGUUUCAUUUUCUGAUACCGAGAUAUUGAUCGGGAAGGCGGCAAAAGAUGAAAUACCAUUUAAUUUUGAAAAUACCUUGUUUCAAAUUAAGCGACUUAUCGGCAGAAAGUAUGAUGAUCCUAAUGUACAACAAGAUUCAGAAUAUUGGGGAUUUAAGAUAAUCAAUGAAGAUAACAAACCUAAAAUACAGGUGAAUUACAAACACGAGAUAAAAACGUAUUACCCCGAGGAAAUUAGUGCACUGAUAUUGAGGCAACUAAAAGAUUCCGCUGAGGCUUACAUGGGGUGCAAGUUCACCGAUGCUGUUAUAACAGUGCCAGCUUAUUUUAAUGAUUCUCAACGUAAGGCUACAAAAGAAGCUGGAAGAAUAGCCGGUCUCAAUGUUCUACAAAUGAUAAAUGAACCGACUGCCGCGGCAAUUGCAUACGGAUUAGACAGAGAAAAAAAAGACGAGCGCCAUGUAUUGAUUUUUGAUCUCGGUGGCGGAACAUUCGACGUGACACUGAUUACAAUAAAAGAUCGGGUGUUUGAUGUCAAAGCAACUGGAGGAGAUACCCACAUGGGAGGGGAAGAUUUUGAUGGCAGUAUGGUGAAACAUUUUGUUGAAGAAUUUAACAAAAAAAACAAAGUCGAUAUUUCAAACAACAAAAGAGCAAUGAGCCGACUUAGAAUUCAAUGCGAAGCAGCUAAACGAAAAUUAUCCGUAUCUGUGACAGCAAAAGUUCAAGUCGACGGGUUUCACGAUGGGAAGGAUUAUAAAUCAACCAUUAGUAGAGCUACAUUUGAAGAGUUGAACAAGGAUUACUUUGAACGAAUACUCCAGGCGGUGGAUACAAUAUUAUCUGAUGCAAAGUUUAGUAAAGAAAAGGUUGAUGAAGUCGUUUUGGUUGGUGGAUCAACUCGAAUCCCAAAACUGCGUAAUAUGAUCCAAGAGUAUUUCAGCGGCAAAGAAUUGUACAAAACCAUAAAUCCAGAUGAAGCUGUGGCGUUUGGAGCUGCCGCACUUGCAGCCGAUCUUAGCAUUGAUAAAUCUUCAAAAAUAAAAGAGUUUAUUCUUCACGAUAUUGUGCCGUUGCCACUUGGCAUCAAAGUUGUCGGUGAUAUCAUGUCGGUGGUUGUGGACAAAAAUUCAAAAAUUCCUUCCAAACACUACAAAUCUGUCACCACUGUUGCAGAUAAUCAAACGACUAUUAGGUUUUCGAUUUACCAAGGCGAAAAAACGUCUACCAUGCACAACAGACACUUGGGUUCAUUUGUUCUAACGGGUAUUUAUCCUGCUCCACGACAAGUACCUAUCAUAGAUGUUUGUUUUGAUAUCGACUCCAGUGGAAUUUUAACCGUAACAGCGAAAGAUAAAAUUACUGGAAACAAAAACAACUUACAACUUGAAGCUGCUGAAUUAAAACUCUCAGUGGAUGAAAUAGAUCGCAUGGUCGCAUCACAAAAUGAACUGCAACUGAUUUCUGAAUCGAAACAGAAACUUGAGAAAUCUCUCGGCGAAAUAGUUCAAGCUGUAUCUGAUCCAAAAUAUGCUGAUGACCUUAGUAAUGCAGAAAAAGAAACAAUAAAUGACUAUUGUGUCAAUGCAUACGCAUUUCUCGAUGAAUCGAAUCCUGGUCAGAAAGAGUUGGAUGAAAUAAGAAAAACACUUGAACAAAACUGUAAAUUAAUUUUUGUUCGAAUAGAUAACAAGGCGAAAAUCUUGGAACAUCAAAAAAAGAAAGAAGCAGAAGAAUACAGUCUACGCCAAGAAGCGCAGAAUAAUUUGAAGAGGCUUAUUGAUGAUGUUGAGAGCAAAGUCCAACGGCUGUGCUUCAAAACGUUUACCAAUGAUAAAUUAGCAAUUCUUCAAAGUUGUCAGAAAUUAAGGAACUGGAUGGAAGAAAACAAGAACGCAGCGAUAAAUGAUAUUUAUGACCACUCGAAGAAUUUUCGAGAAUGGAGUGAGGAAAUGUUUGAGAAAAUGGAAGAAGCCGUAAAGGUCGCCUCACAAAAUGAACUUCAACUGAUUUCUGAAUCAAAACAAAAACUUGAAAAAUGUCUCGACGAAGUAGUUCAAGCAGUAUCUGAUCCAAAAUAUGCUGACAACCUUAGCAACGCAGAAAAAGAAACAAUUAAUAACUACUGUACCAAUGCGUACGCAUUGCUCGAUGAAUCGAAUCCGAGUCAAAAAGAGUUGGAUGAAAAAAGAAAAUCACUUGAACAAAACUGUAAAUCAAUUUUUGUUCGAAUAGAUGACAAGAAUGAUGAAGAGGAAUCAAUAAAAGUUGUUGUCAAUGAAGCCAAGGAAAAAAGUGAUGCGAUAAACAAGUUGGAAGAAUUGGUCUUCAAAAUCAAUGAACUAGUCGAGUUGAAUUCAGAAACAAUAUCUCCUCGAGAAAGGAAAGGAUUGCUGGCAAAAUCGAAAGAAGUUUUGGAAUUUGCCAAGUCUAACGAGAAUGCUGAUCCUGAAAGUAUUCGCCAGAAAACAUCAGAACUAGAAAACUAUUACAACAAAGUACGAGAAUACUCUGAAUACUUGAAGUCACCGCAGGGGUAA